UUUUAGUGCAUAGAUCUGUGUGCUCGGGCAAGGAACAUCCUCCACUCUGCAGACGGAAGACAGACAUUACAUUCUCCUAGAUACUCAAGGACUACAGAACUGACUAUCCUUGAAGCAAGAGCCCGGAGCAGAGGGACAACUGAAAGGCAACACCUUCAGCAAGAUUCUUCUAAAGGAAAAGCCGAAAUGGUGACCCAGAAGCACCUGAUCGGGAUUUUCACAAGGCAAGAUCAGACAUUGUACGACUGGCUGAGCAGGACCCUCUCGGCUUUCCCCGCAGUGAAGGACGUCCGUACCGUCUUCAUUCACAACGACCGGUUUGUCCAGUUCAGCGAAGAAGUCUCUAAGUGCACAUUCGCUAUUCUCUAUCACUCAAACAACAGGGGGAAGAUUAACGUGUGUGAUGUACAGCACUCCUUAUACGACACAGAACUAGAGUAUUUGUAUACUAUAUAUGGAAAGAAUAAGGUCCUUGUUGUGAUUGAUGAUGUGGAGGACAGCAGUUUUGAUAUGAAGACCAGGAUCCUCACCCAACAACCCAACAUUAAUAAAUGGGCCAAUGGCCUGUUCCUGUUUUCAAACGAAGAGAAAAACUCUCUAAAUCAAAGCUUUCGAAUUCGUCCGUGGGCUGAACACUACCAGAACACAAACGCAGCCAGUUCAGUGCAAGAAAAACUGGGAGAUUUGCAACGGCUGAUCCAGGGAACACAAGAUUUUGCUCAUGUGGACAGUCAUCCUUCCCCAGUCUGUACGAAAAAGAUCAUGGCGCUCCUUCUUGCGGUUGUCAUCAUAUUUGCUAUAGUGUUUCCAAUUUCCAUUUACGCCCACUCCUAAAUACAGAUGUUUCAAGCUGAACCACAAAUCAUUUAAGGAGAAGUGAUGUCUCCAUUCACGGUGGAAAUAAUCUUUUACGGAAAUGAACAAUGUGGCCAACGUACAAAAACUUUCACUUUAAAGACCAAUUAAAUAAUGUUUUUGGGCAACAAAAUCCAUAAAAUGCGGUGUUCCUAGAGAUACAACCAUGACCAAAUGUUAAGAAUCUCUCCUUUCCUUCAUAAGAGGACUCUGCCACCAUCAACUGUCCACUAUGUCCAUAUUUGAUUUUAUCCAAUGAAAUGGAAAAUUGCCUUGGAAAAACAAAAUGAAAUACCCUUUUCCGGAGAUACUGCCUCAAUAAAACUGCCGAAGCAUGGAAUUAUUGUUUUGACUAAACUCAAUACUGUGUCCAAUCUCAGAAAUACAUUUCUCUUUGGCAACUUGUUAUGGUUUCACUUAGUUUUGAUGAUAACAUCUAGGAUAUCCAGCCUUGCAACAUGGAAUACAUACGCACAAAAACUUUGGAAAACCAAAUACAACAGACCUCCCCUGAGGAACAAUUUCAACAUGGACUCAUUAUAAAAUGGUUCUAAAUUAUUCAAAAUUAAGCAUAACCAAAGUGCUUUUCAGCGUUAUUGUGUUCAAGUCCCAUUUGAGGUCAAACUUCUGGUUCCUUAAGCUCAUAACCAAGUUGUGGAUAUACUGAAUUAAAACAUUAUACUGUAGGAUCAGUGAUCCAGCCAAAAUCUGGGGAAAUAAUCAUUCAUCCAUGAUCUUACUCAAAAUGGUCGUAAUGCUUUUACUGAAAUGCAAAUUUAUCUCAUAUUGUAUUAAAAAAACUAUGACCAAACUUC